CUUGCUGUCGCUGUUUGUUGGCUAUACUGAUAUGGAGAUUCAACUGGGACUAGCCCGCGCAAGAAAUCCAGUAAAGGAUCUCGACUUAGAAAAAUAUUUGAACAACCCAAAAGAUGAGUUUUGGACUCAUAGUUGCUGCUCGGGAAAGAACAAAGUCCACAAGCGUAGCUUCGAUGAAACCUUCGAGAUAGUUAGCCCUGUCACUCCAACACUGCCUCUUUUGUCAUGGAAUGAUAAACCAAAGGGUGAUGAUGAUCGUGAUGGUGAUAGUAAUCGUAAUAACCUCGAGAAGAGCUCCUCUUGCACCAUUCAUAAGAGUAAUGGAAAUGGAGAUGAGAUUAUGGGUUGGCCACCCAUCUCGCGUUGGAGGAGUCGUCUUCAUCUUCUUCACCAUCAUCACCACCACCACCAGCAACAGCAGAAUCAAGGUAGUCGGGCUCAGAAUGAUGGGAGAGAUGCGAUGGGCUCUCGUGGAAUCAAAUCUAUGUACGUGAAGGUGAAGAUGGAAGGUGUUGCCAUUGGAAGGAAAGUUGAUCUUACCCUUCACCGUUCUUAUCAGACCCUUACCAAUACUUUGGUCUCCAUGUUUGAAGAAUACCACCUGGAUAAGGGAGAUAUGGCAGGAUCAAAUAAUGGUAAACGUUACACCCUCACUUACCAAGACAGAGAUGGGAACUGGCUACUUGUGGGAGAUAUUCCUUGGCAAACUUUCGUCGGGUCAGUGAAAUGUCUAAAGAUACUAUGGACUGGAGGCUCAUUGGCUUGUGUUUUGUGUUGAAAUUUAUAUUUAUAUUUCUACUUCUAUUUCUAGAAGAGUAGAUAGUGUUAUUAAUAUAUGGUUGUUAGCUGCUUAUACGAUGUGUAAGAGAGUCAGUCA